AUAUACAAAUACUCACACAGUACACGUACCGGUAGUAGUAGUGGACCGAGCUAGCCGAGCGUUAUUUCACGAAUUCUGAAUCAAGUUAUUUUAGCUGAAAAAGUACAUUACUCCCCGAUAAUAGAAGUUAGAAGUCUAUUCCGGUGAUCAAUCUUAUAUGUGUGAAACAAUCAGAUUGGGACGAUGAGUCUGAGGGCAUUUUCUCCCGCGGUUGCGAUAACCGUGUUCAGCAUUUUCUGCUUGGGCAUCACCAGCAACGUACAGGUUGCUGCAUACAUUCACAAAGAAGGCUACUGCAUGUGGUAUGACCAAUGUGGCACAGAUGCCGUGACCCACAAAUCCUUAAACUGCCUUUACAACAAACCUGCAAAAGUUCUUGAUACAAAAGGUCUCGACACCCUGAAGACCCUAUGUCCAGAGAUGGUGGCAGCCAACGAGAGUGAAACAAAGACUUGCUGUUCUGCGUCACAGCUCGAUACAUUCAACUAUAACAUGAACAUUCCCAGAGAGACAAUGAGUAGGUGUCCAUCCUGCUACAAGAACUUGGUCGACAUUUACUGCUUUUUAACAUGCAGUCCGGACCAGAGUAUGUACGUCAAUGCCUCAAAGACCACACCUUACUCACCUCCAACGCCACCACCGGAAAACACAGUGCAGGACAAAGAAGCUGGCCAAAAGAGCAUCACUGAGGUUGACUACUUCAUCCUGAAUGAAACUGCUCAAGCGAUGUUCAACUCUUGCAUCAAUGUCAACUUCCCCAGUAGCAACACGAAGGUCCUUUCAUUGUACUGUGGCUCUUACGGAGCGGCCCACUGCACCGCCCAGCGCUGGUUGGACUUCAUGGGGGACAAGAACAACGAACAGACACCUUUCCAGAUUAAUUUUAAACUUGGUGGCGCACCUGCACCUAUGGAACCUAUGGACACCAGGGUGUAUGCAUGCAACGAAGCACCAAACAACAACACCCAACCCUGCAGCUGUCAGGACUGCCCCAGUAGUUGCCCACCCUUACCCCCACUGCCCCCUCCCCCUCCUCAGUUCCUCGUCUUUGGCAUCGAUGGUUACAUAGUUAUCUUCUCUGCUGCCUAUGUAGUCUUCCUUAUAGUCUUUAUUCUUCUCAACUUCAUCUGUAUGUGCUGCAAUAUGUGCUGCAAGAAGGGAGGUGAGAACACUGGCGAUUGUUGCGAUGAGACCUCUACAGCGGUGAACUCUGUGAAUGGUGCCAACAGGAAGGAGAUCUCUGAGGAUGAGGUCGGUUGCAAGGCAUCCUGCGGAAUGGCUUUCCAGAAACUGCUGGAACUGUGCUUCAGGAAACUGGGUACUCUUGUAGCGGGCCAUCCACAUAUUGUUCUGGUCCUUGGCGUCAUGGUUGUCACAGCAAUGACUGCAGGGAUGGUCAGAUUGAAGGUUACUACGGAUCCUGUGGAGUUAUGGUCACCCCCUACCAGCGAGUCUCGUCUUGAGAAGGCCUACUUUGAUGAGCACUUUGGUCCCUUCUUCCGUACAGAGCAGAUCAUAUUGACUGCACCUGAACGCAAACCCUACAAUGUCACUCGACAGUAUCCGAGCGAGGCCACAACCACCUAUGGUGGCAUUCUAUCCAUCGAUCUUCUGCACCAGGCUCUUGAUCUUCAAGAUGCUGUGGUCAAUCUGAAGGUGCCCUUUGGUAACGACAGCUUUGUGACGCUUCACGACAUUUGCUACGCCCCUCUUGCACCGCAGAACACUCACUGCACCAUUGAGAGUGUACUGAACUACUUCCAGAAUAGUCAUGAAAAGUUGGACAGAGUUAUAAUGGAUCCUUCCCAGUUCUUCAUAGCUGCAGAUUUUCAUGAGCAUCUCUUGUCUUGUGCUGGGAGCCCAGCAACCCUGAAUGAUACCACUGCAUUGCAUAUGCCUUGUAUGGGUACCUAUGGUGGUCCAGUCUUUCCUUGGACAGCUCUGGGAGGAUAUGAAGGCGAUGAGUUUAACAUGGCCAACGUCUUGGUGAUUACCUUCCCUGUGGUUAACUACAUCACUGGAGAUCCAAAGCUGGAGAAGGCCAUGGCUUGGGAGAAAGCUUACAUUGACUUGCUCAAGAAUUACAGCAACCCCAAUUUCACCGUUGCGUUCCAAGCAGAGCGGUCAGUUGAAGACGAGAUUAACAGGGAGAGUCAGUCUGAUGUCCUUACCAUCGCACUCAGUUAUAUCUUCAUGUUUGCCUAUGUGACCUUUGCCCUCGGACAGUUCAACGGCUGCAGGAGAUUGAUGAUUGAUUCCAAGAUCAUCCUUGGUCUAUCUGGAGUCAUCAUCGUACUCAUGUCCGUAGCGUCCUCCAUCGGUGUCCUGAGCUGGGCUGGUGUGCCUGCAACCCUCAUCGUCAUCGAGGUCGUACCCUUCCUCGUUCUGGCAGUCGGUGUGGAUAACAUCUUUAUUCUUGUUCAGAGAUACCAGAGAGACGAACGCUACCCCCAUGAGAAUCGUGCAGAGCACAUCGGCCGUGUCCUGGGCGAGGUUGCUCCUAGUAUGCUCCUCACAAGCUCAUCAGAGUCUAUAGCCUUUGGCAUCGGUGCCAUGUCUAGCAUGCCUGCUGUGAGAGCGUUCUCUAUGUAUGCGGCUGUUGCCGUGGCGAUGGACUUUUUGCUCCAAAUCACCUGCUUUGUUGCUAUGAUGGCCUUGGAUUCCUCUCGUCAAGAGGCCAAUCGCUAUGAGAUCUUCUGCUGCGCCACAGACAAGGAAGCAGGCAAGCAACCCAAAGAACCUGGUCUCCUGUACAGGGUGGUCAAGAACUACUACACUCCGUUCCUCUUCAACAGAUUCAUGAGAGUUAUAGUGGUGUGUGUCUUUGUCUUUGUCCUCUUUGCUUCGUGCGCACUGAUCCCCUCUCUACCAGUCGGCCUUGACCAAAAGCUCUCCAUGCCAGAGGACUCGUACAUGAUCAACUACUUUGAAUCGGAAGGUUCCCUGCUGAAUGUUGGUCCACCAGUCUACUUUGUGGUGAAGGACGGCUAUGACUACACAUCGAUAGAAGGACAGAACAAGAUAUGUGGAGGCUCGGGAUGCAAUGACAACUCUCUCACGUCACAGAUAUACUUUGCAGCUGAGCUCUCGCAAUACACAAGAGUAGCACACCCUUCGUCAUCUUGGAUGGACGAUUUCUUUGAUUGGGUGAAACCCAACAGUAAUCUGACGUGCUGUAGGGUUAAUAAUGAAACGGGUGACUUUUGUCCCUCUACUGACACCAAAGAUACGUGCAGAUCAUGUCGUCCAUUGUCAGAGCAAGAUAAGAGACCUACUCCAGAGGAGUUUGAAGAAUUCCUACCUUUCUUCUUGGAGGACAUCCCAGGGAUCUCCUGUAGCAAAGGAGGCAAGGCUGCCUAUGCAUCAGCCGUGAACUUUGACGAUGCAGCCAAAAAGAAAAUUGGGACGACCUACUUCAUGACAUACCACACCACCAUGAGGAAUUCCUCCACCUUUAUUGAUGCCUUGAAGAUGUCGAGAGAGGUGUCGGCCAAUAUCACAGCCAUGAUCAACAUUACAGACAACCCAGAGUUUGACGUCUUCCCGUACAGUAUCUUCUACGUCUACUACGAGCAGUACCUGACCAUCGUCCACGAGACCCAAGUCUCUCUGGGCAUCGUCCUGGGAGCGGUGUUCUGCGUGACCUUCGUCCUCUUGGGCUUUGACUUCUUCGGUGCGUUCAUCAGCACCUUGACCAUUGCCAUGAUCACCGCCGACAUGAUGGCCAUGAUGUACCUCUGGGGCAUUGACCUCAACGCCAUCUCCUUGGUCAACCUCAUUAUGUCUGUUGGUAUCUCUGUGGAGUUCUGUUCACAUAUCGUCAAGGCUUUCACUCUCAGUACCGCGAUGACCCGGUUAGAGCGUGCUCAGGAUGCACUAGCUCAUGUAGGAAGUUCGGUGUUUAGUGGUAUCACGCUGACCAAGGCCUUUGGUAUCAUCAUCCUAGCAUUCUCUCACUCUCAACUCUUCAAGGUGUAUUACUUCAGGAUGUACCUCGGGAUGGUUGUCUUUGGGGCCACCCAUGGACUCAUCUUUCUACCAGUACUCCUCAGUUAUAUAGGUCCCGGUGUGAACAAGGCACGUAUCUUGGAAGAGCAGGAGCAGGCCAGAGGUGGAAGGCGAGGUGCGGACAACGAGCACCUCAUCCCCGCUCGGGAUUCCCAAGGAUUCUUCUAUGCGUGAUGACAUCAUCAAAAUAGAAAACUGCCUUCUUUUUUUUACAUGAUGCUAUGGGAAUGCAAACCAGUUAUUUAAAUUGAGGAGUGAUAUAUAUAUAUAUAUAUAUAUGUAUGUAAUCUGUGUAUAUUAAUAUGAUGUAAUGCCAAGAUGAAAUAUCUUCUGCAAUCGUAGUUGUGAUUUUUACAUGUCAUGCACUGUUAUACCCCACCAUACUGCCCAAAGGUAAUUUUGUGUUUGGUCUGUUCUCGGUCUUAGCUUUUUUCUAU